CUGCGCGUACCAUUCAUAUUAGUAUUCCGCCAUGGAAUCCGCCACAGCACACAGACCACCACCACCAUCGCCGCCGCCUCGCAAUAUAGCACUGCUACCUCCGCCGGGAUUUCUCGGCCACCUAAUCCCAUUCAUCGAACUCGCCAAAAAAAUGGUUCUCAACCACAACUGCACCGUCACUCUCAUCAUCCCAAACGACGGUUCCUCAAUGGAACCCCAAAAAUCUCUUCUCCGACACAUACCCACUUCAAUCAACCCAGUUUUUCUCCCGCCGGCGCCGGCGAAAGACCAGUGCCCGCCGGAAAAUUCAAACCCAGAAACCCUGCUCCCGACCCGCGUAACCCGAUCAAUCCCCGCCAUCAGAGCCACCCUGUCUUCCUUACGUGAAAUGGGAACUCCCGCCGCCGCUCUGGUGGUGGAUCUGUUCGCUCCGUUCGCCAUUGAUGUAGCCAGAGAAUUCGGAAUCCCGGCAUACAUUUUCUACGUCAUAGCAGCCAAUGAACUCUCACUCGCCAUGGAUUUGCCCAAGCUGCACGAAGAAGAAGAACAACAACAUCAAGAAUCGCAAAUCAAAUUGCCAGGUGGCAUAGUACUGAAUUCAUCGGACUUCCCAGAUUCGAUGAAAGACAGAAACAGCGAAGAUUACAAGUGGGCGCUCGAUCUUUCGAACAAGUACCUUGAAGCUGAUGGCAUUCUUGUGAAUAGCUUCUUUGGUUUGGAAUCUGAAGCUUUCCAUGUCUUAGAACAAGGCCAUCCUCGUACUCCUCCCGUUUAUCCCGUCGGCCCGCUUAUCAGAACAACCACCACGUCAUCAUCACCAUCAUCUGACGAUGAUGAUGAUGAUCACGAGUGUCUCGGGUGGCUGAACAAUCAGCCACCGAAAUCGGUGCUGUUUGUUUCGUUCGGGAGUGGGGGAACUUUAUCGACGGAGCAAUUCCGCGAAUUGGCUUUCGGACUCGAAAUGUGUCGGCAUAGGUUUCUUUGGGUUUUAAGAACCCCUCAAGAAAACACCGCAGCUGCUUACUUGAACACUAAUAAUAAAUCAGCUGAAGUGAAGGAUAAUCCUUUGGAGUAUCUGCCGAAAGGGUUCUUAGAAAGAACUAAAGAUCGGGGGUUCGUGGUGGCCACGUGGGCCCCACAGAUUAGGGUUUUGAGCCAUGGAUCGGUGGGGGGGUUUGUGACGCACUGCGGGUGGAAUUCGAUACUGGAGAGCUCGGUUUUCGGGGUGCCUAUGAUAGCAUGGCCGCUUUGCUUCGAGCAGAAGAUGAGUGCCGUGUUCUUGAGAGAUGGAUUGAGGGGUGCAAUAAGAGUGAAGCCGAAUGAAUUGAAUGGCGUUGUGGAGAGAGAUCACUUUUCGGAAGUGGUGAAACAACUCAUGGACGAAGAAGGCGAACCGGGAACGAAGAUUCAGAAAAGGAUGACGGAAGUUAAGAUUGCAGCUGCAGAUGUUAUGGAUCAAGAACAUGGAUCUUCUGCAUUGGCCCUUUCUCGGCUUGUCCACAAAUGGAUCACUAUUAAUCCAAAGUGAUCAUGAUAAUCACUUGUUUUGAUUUUAAUUAAUUUUUUUUUUUUUGUUUUUUCUUGUUUUCUUGUUUUAAUGUACGUUUGGUUUUCUUGGGAGGGCAAAUUACGGCCAACCACCUGAUGAGGUAUGGUAUGGGCAAAUAAAUUACUUUUAAUUAGCCGAUUCUAAAUUGAAAAAUUGUU